AUACCUUUACCCGAUAAUGGAAAAUGUGAAAUAGGGGACAUUUUGGUGCUGGAAGGAAGGGUGUGAAAAUACUACAAAUAACCCGGAAUAUAAGCACUUUUUUGGGGCAGUUUGGACUAACCUCCCGUGCAAUGGCUCCAUGGUUGAAAGUAGUGUAAACAUCCAUAAAUAUGGACGGGUGGAGCCCAAUCGUGGCCUCGGAUACUGAGCGCUCCAGCUCCGAGGGGGAGUACAUGCUGGAGCCCGGAGCCCAGGAUGGGAGCCUGGAGGCAGGGGAGGGAGAGAGCAUGGCCCCCUCUGGAGGAACCGCUGCUUCUGCUGCUUCUGGUUCUUCUGCUGCUGUGGGGUUCGGGAUGAGCGGCACCGGGGAGGGGAAGCUGGUUCUGGGUCGGGUCGGUCAGAGGGACGACACAGAGCUGAGGGUGCUGCACCUGCUGUGGGAGCGGGGGGGCGAGGCUCUGAGCAGCCGGGCGGGGAAGGUGAGCUGCAGGAGGAACCACAGGCUGAGCCGAAACCUGGGGCCUCUGGGGAAAGAUAUCUAUGCGGUGAAGCGACUGAGGGAAGCAGCAAACAGCAACGACAUCGACACAGUCCGGAAGCUCCUGCAGGACGACAUCGACCCGUGUGCCGCCGACGACAAAGGGAGGACGGCCCUCCAUUUCUCCUCCUGCAACGGCAACGAGAGCAUCGUGCAACUGUUGCUGAGCCACGGCGCGGACCCCAACCAGAGAGACAGUCUGGGGAACACCCCCCUGCACCUGGCGGCCUGCACCAACCACGUGCCUGUGAUCACCACGCUGCUGAGAGGAGGAGCCCGUGUGGACGCUCUGGACCGAGCCGGACGGACUCCUCUUCAUCUCGCUCGCUCCAAACUGAACAUCCUGCAGGACGGAGACUCGCGGAGCAUCGAGACCCUGAGAGGGGAGGUCACCCAGAUCAUCCAGAUGCUGAGGGAGUAUCUGAACCUGAUGGGUCAGAGCGAAGCUAAAGAGAGGCUGGAGCACAUCUCCACUCAGCUGCAGCACACGCGCACCAAAGAGCAGGUGGACGAGGUGACGGAUCUGUUGGCCAGCUUCACAUCACUCAGUCUACAGAAACAGAAUUUGGGGGAUCGGUAGAAGAUGAAGUGAGAAGAGAGUUAACGUCCAGCUGCUUUUCAACAAAGCCUCUGUUCCACGAGCCUCAACCUAAUUCUUAAUGAUGCCGGGUGUUUCUGUCAAUACUGGCUAACAUAAAGCUUCUUAUCUUCGUUAAAAUAAAGCAAAAACUCAAAUGUUAAAGCCCAGUACUGCAGUGUGGUAGAUAUCCAUUAAGCUAAUGGACAGGAAAGGGUUUCACAUAAGAUAAGAUGAGAUAAGAUAGUACUUUAUGUGUGUGUGUGUUGUGUGUGUGUGUGUGUGUGUGUGUGUGUGUGUGUG